CAGCACAAAGUUAGGAAUUCAAAAAGACGAAGGUCGUUACUGAAAGACUAAUUCAAGAUGACGAAAACCAUCCUGCAACUUUCUGGUCUAAGGAUGUGGACAAUGGUAGGUGUGAUCUGUCUCUCUCAGUCCAUUAUGGGACAGCUGCUGGAGGCCAGGUCCAAAGGAGCCCUGCCUCAAUUGAUUUGCAGCAUUCCCGGGAUGCCAGGGGCACUAGGAAAGUCUGGCCCCCCUGGGCCUCCUGGGGAGGAUGGCCAUGUCGGAAUCCCUGGAAGAGAUGGGAGGGAUGGACGGAGGGGAGAAAAGGGAGAAAAAGGAGAUCCAGGGCUCAAAGGUCGAUGCGGGCCAAUGGGAAAACUUGGAGAUCGUGGGGAGAGAGGUUUUGUUGGGAAACGUGGACCUGAAGGUGAUCCUGGAGAUCUAGGGCCUCCUGGUCCUGCAGGACGUCUUGGACAAAAGGGUGACAAGGGCCAACGUGGCCAUCCGGGAGAACCAGGAACUUGCAAAUGUGGAAGUUUGGUUCCCAAAUCCGCUUUCUCAGUAGGCAUCACCAGUAGCUACCCCACCGAACAAGCACCUAUCAAGUUCAACAAAGUCCUGUUUAAUGAAGGUGGCCACUACAACCCCGAGACAGGAAAAUUCAUCUGUGCAUACCCAGGAAUAUACUACUUUUCUUAUGACAUAACUCUGGCCGACAAGCACUUGGCCAUUGGUCUUGUCCAGAACGGAGAGUACCGGAUAAAGACUUUUGAUGCCAACACCGGAAACCAUGACGUAGCGUCUGGCUCAACUGUGAUGUUUCUCAACCCAGAGGAUGAGGUAUGGCUGGAGAUCUUCUACAAGGACCAGAACGGCCUGUUUGCUGACCCCGGCUGGGCUGACAGUCUGUUCUCUGGGUUUUUACUGUAUGCUGAUACAAACUAUAUGGAUACAUUGGCGGAAGACUACAAAUAGCAGCUACUGUAACAUCAAUAAAUGGUACUAGUCCAUUCCCGUCUGUAACCCUGUAUUGGGUUAUGCUGUUUUUUCAGCACCUCAUGCCAUGAACGUUGCAUUUGACACUGUUUCAGUUUUAAAAAAGCAAUUGUUAAGUAAAAAUAAAUAAAAUAAAAUUGUACACAACUUGUGUGACACAACAAGAACCCUCAGUUCUGUUCUGUCAGCUGUUUUUGCAUGGAAGAACGUCUGGCUUGCUGAAAGUCACCAUGUACAUUGUUGAUACAAAAUACUAAUGGUUUCAACUGGGGGUUUUAACUAAUGGUUUUAACUAACCAUUUUAAAGUUGAUUUUUUUUUCUUUUCCCACAUUUAGUGGGAAUUAACUUUUCCCAUAUUUUGUAAAUACUGUAUAUGGCCCACAACAUAUUCAAAUCCAUAUAAAUUUACUUAAAAUAUUUGUAUAUAUAUUUUAAGUGUUCAUUUUGUGUCCAAGUUCUUUUUAUUGAUUGUCUUUAUUUUCUUACUGAAUAUACAAAAUAAAGUUGUUGUGAAAUAUUAAUUCCCUUCGCUUUUGCGAAGUGUUCAUGUGAAAUAUUACAUUUUUAUAUUAUACAUACAUGUUCAAAGAGUUUAUAUUGUUUAUUUGCUGACCAAUAAACCAUUGCUGACUGUAAUGACAUUUUUUUUGGCAUGUUCAGCUAAUGCUACAUUAUUUAUUUGGUAUCAAUUCAUGUGUCAAAUGAAUCCAAAUAUUUGAA